AUGCAGGAACGUGACUACGACAUGGGCGUGAACACAGAACGUGAGAAGGUAUAUUUCGAUAAAUGGGAUAAUCGAGCAGCAGAAGAAGAUCACGAGGACCAGCAAGUUUUGGUCGUCAUAGACGAUUUCGCGGACCAGCCGGAGCUCCACCGCCGCACCGGCGACGGCGCCCUGGGCACGCUGUUCAUCCGCGGACGCCACACGCAGAUAAGCACGUGGGUCUCCUCGCAGAAACUGCAACUGAUCUCCGCCGCCGUGCGGGUCAAUAUGCAGUUCAUCUGCAUCUGGCGACUGCGCAACCAGCUGGAACUGGAGGCGUUGCUGGAGGAAUUGACCGCGCUGCUGCACAAGCAGGAGCUCCUCGCGAUGUAUCAGGAAGCCACCAGGGAGCCCUACAGCUUCUGGUUCAUCCACUACCUGAAGGACAAGGCGAACAUGUUCUACAAGAGGUGGGAGGAGCGCUUUCUGGUGGAUGGCGCCGAGGAGGCCGCGCAGCCGGUAAAUGGGGGCCUUCCUAUCGGCGGCGACCAGCAAGCUGCUGGGAGGUGGGCCGAUCAUCGAGUCGGAGUGCAGCAACAUCAGGUGCUGCAGCAGCCAGCCGCCGACCCGCGGCUGGCCACGCUGCCAACGGGGCGGGACCCGGGGCGUGUCCGAGGGGUCCACGGCAUGGUGACCAUCUACGUGGACUCCAGGAAGCGCGUCUCGGGGAGUGACAGCAAUUUCACCUUCGAGCUGCCCGAGACCCUGCGCAUGCAGUCCAGCGCCAAGACGGCGGUCUACAAGGUGCGCAUCGCCGAUGCCUUCUUGUCCACCGACAGGGGCCGGAACCUGUACUGGAUCGAUGUGGCCCUGGGCACCCUCAACACCGCCCAGCUGCCCGUCGGGGCUUACACCGGCGCCAGGCUGGCGGCGUGGAUCUCUUCCAACUACGCAGCUGCCGUCUACCAGGAGGCAACGAACGCCAUAGAAUUGCAAGCGACAGGAAUCGCCGCAUCUUAUCAGACGCG